UACGUGGAUAUAAAAAAAGCCCAUCAAAACUGCCGGCUGUUGCCAGGCGCAGUCAUAAUGGUCACCUUUACAAGAAAGAGCGGUCAUCGGCUGUUGCCAGACAUGAGCACGCUCUACUUGUACUUCUAUCACAACUGCCGGCUGUUGCCAGAGCACAGAGUAAUAGGGUUGCAAAGGGAGGUCUCGCCUUCACACUUCCAUGGGUCAACUACCGGCUGUUGCCAGGCGUAGUAGUCAUGGGUCGGAAAAACUAA